AUGCAUCUGGUUAACGCUUUCGCGGCUCUGGCCUUCACAGGCUGCGCAUCAGCCCUGCCCCAAUCGAUCCCCCUCGGUGAAGUCGCUGAAAUUCCCGCCGCGCCAAUUACUGAGACUCCGCUUGGAGAGGGUGCUGGUACCAAGGUCGUUCCUUAUUCCCCUGAUGCUGUGGUUGCCGACACCUUCGCCUCAGUCCUCGCGGAUCCUGCAUCUGCCGACAAGUCACUGAAGCGGAGAGGCUGGGACUGCUCAGAACAGCCUCUGGGAAAAGGCCCAGUCCCGAACCCUGACACUCCAGAGGCUUUCCUGGCUAUCGAGGAGAUCUCGAAGGCUGCUACUGAUGCCUCCACGCCGGCUGGCUAUGUCAACAAGUUCAAGAACUUGAAGGGCAGCAACAACGCCGUGGCGUAUCUUGGUUACAAGACCCUAGACACAUACGACACUCAAGCCUGUGCCGACUCCUGCACUGAGAAGGAAGGAUGCUCAGCGUUCAACAUCUUUUAUGAGAGAGACCCUUCCGUAGUUCCUGCCGAUUCAUGCUCCAACCCCGCUAGCACUACAGUCAUCAAAUGCGUACUGUGGGGUAGCCCUGUGACAGCCGAGACAGCUGUCAACAGCGGACAGUGGCGCGCUGAUUUCCAUGUAGUCAUUGCUGGCUCAAACGGUAUCGAACGUGUGGUGCCUGUAGACGGCUACAGCGGCGAGUCUCUUGGAAACGUCGCAAUCAACGCCCCGAACGACUGCAACGGUGACGAUACUUACAUGGGCUACAAGCUCUUCAACGAUGGCCAGCCAUUCGAACCCGCCCGUUGCGCUGCUGCCUGUGAGGCCGAGACCAAGUGGAACGUCGAGCACCUCAACAGCCGCAUGCUGUGCAAGUUCUUCAACACCUACGUUCUGAUGAAGAAUGGCGAGCCUCAAGGCCAGUACUGCUCCAUGUACACCCAGAAAUGGGCGAAGAGCGUUGCCGUCAAUGAUGGCCAGUACCGUGGAGACGACCACUACACGAUUGCGUCCAGCUACUCUUACUCCAACACUGCCGACCCUGGAAAGCCCAAGCUCCCUUGCGAUGUC